AUUCUCCCCCCUCUGAUCUCCCCCUGAAGAGAUUCCCGGCUCUCGCGGUACCUCCCCUGCCAGCUCCGGACACCGGCCGCACAAAGGGACCGGACACUGGAGGGGAGGCGCUGACACUGUGAAUUCUAUGCCGCUCUGACUUGGAACAAUGGCAACGCCAGCAGCAGUCAACCCCAGCGAGAUGACCACAGACAUCCCAGGAUCUGUCACUAUACCAGGUGCUGCCAUGGCAACAGGGCCGGUGAGGAUGGCGGGCCAAAUGUCAGGACGUGGAGGAAAGCGAAGGUCGGGAAUGGAAUUUGACGAUGAAGACGGAGAGGGACCCAGCAAAUUUUCAAGAGAGAAUCACAGUGAAAUUGAAAGACGUCGGAGGAAUAAGAUGACACAGUACAUCACAGAGCUGUCCGACAUGGUUCCCACCUGCAGUGCCCUCGCACGCAAACCUGACAAGCUCACCAUCCUGCGCAUGGCUGUGUCCCAUAUGAAAUCCAUGAGAGGGACAGGAAAUAAAUCAACAGACGGAGCUUAUAAACCCUCCUUCCUAACAGAACAGGAGCUAAAACAUCUAAUACUGGAAGCAGCCGAUGGAUUCCUGUUUGUAGUGGCAGCAGAGACGGGAAGAGUCAUUUACGUAUCAGACUCGGUCACUCCUGUACUCAACCAGCCUCAGUCAGAAUGGUUUGGGAGUACUUUGUAUGAGCAGACACACCCUGAUGACAUCGAGAAGCUUAGAGAGCAACUGUGCACAUCGGAGAACUCCAUGACAGGCCGGAUUUUGGACUUGAAAACCGGUACAGUGAAGAAAGAAGGGCAACAAUCCUCAAUGCGAAUGUGUAUGGGAUCCCGACGUUCGUUCAUUUGCCGGCUGAGAUGUGGUAACGCUCCUCUGGAUCAUCUACCACUCAAUAGAAUCACCACCAUGAGGAAGAGGUACAGGAAUGGCCUGGGACCAGUGAAAGAAGGUGAAGCACAGUAUUCCGUGGUCCACUGUACCGGUUAUAUUAAGGCCUGGCCCCCAGCAGGUAAGAACAAAGGAAUGACAAUACCUGAAGAGGAUUCUGAAGUGGGCCAGGGGAGUAAAUACUGCCUGGUUGCAAUUGGCAGGCUACAGGUCACCAGUUCCCCAGGGAGCCUAGAUAUGAAUGGAAUGUCUCUUCCUACCGAGUUCUUAUCACGACACAGCACAGAAGGGAUCAUCACGUUUGUGGACCCUCGCUGCAUCAGUGUGAUUGGGUAUCAACCACAGGAUCUCCUGGGAAAGGACAUCAUUGAAUUCUGCCACCCUGAAGACCAGAGUCAUCUCCGAGAGAGCUUUCAGCAGGUUGUAAAGCUUAAAGGACAAGUACUCUCGGUGAUGUAUCGCUUCCACACAAAGACCCGAGACUGGAUGUUACUUCGCACCAGCAGCUUCACUUUCCAGAAUCCAUAUUCUGAUGAGAUUGAAUACAUUAUUUGUACAAAUACCAAUGUGAAGCAGGUCCAGCAGCAGCAGGCAGAGCUGGAGGUUCAUCCAAGGGACAGCUUAUCCUCCUAUGACCUGUCACAGGUGCCUGUACCAAACCUUGCAGGGAACGUUCAUGAAGGAGGCAAGCCUGUGGUUGAUAAGAACGAUCCUCUCUUUUCUCAGGACCGGGACCCACGGUUUGCUGAGAUGUUUGCUGGAAUCACAGCCUCGGAGAAGAAAAUGUUGUCAGCAGCAGGCAGCGGGACGCAGCAGUUGUAUUCAACAGGCAGUCCUUUCCAGCCUGGGCACACUGGCAAGUCUUUUAGCUCUUCGGUGGUUCAUGUGACGGGCGUUAAUGAGAUUCAGUCUCCAACUGGCACAAGCCAAAACCUUACCCAGAUAUCCCGUCAGCUAAAUGCUGGACAGGUCUGGACAGGAAGCCGUCCCCCUUUUCAAGGACAGCAAAUCACAUCUCAGUCUGGCAAAGCUCAGUCUUCUCCAUUUGGCAUUGGAACAAGCCACACAUACACAUCUGACCCAGCAACAUAUAGCCCAUUAUCCAGUCCAGCCACGUCAUCUCCCAGUGGAAAUGCUUACUCCAGCCUUGGGGGAAGAAAUGCAGCAUUCACUGAAACGGGUCAAAGCAGCAGCCAGUUCCAAGGCCGUGCAUCAGAAGUGUGGUCUCAGUGGCAGAGCCAGCAUCAUAAUCAACAGAGCAAUGAUCAACAUUCCCAUCAACAACCAGGCCAAGCUGAGGUCUUCCAGGACAUGCUCCCUAUGUCUGGAGACCCCACUCAAGGAACUGGUAAUUAUAACAUUGAGGACUUUGCAGACCUUGGGAUGUUUCCUCCUUUUUCUGAGUAAAGUGGUGAAGAGCGCGACCCUUCUGUGUGUUACUCAUCUCCGUAUCAUAUCUGUACAGAAAGACAGAAUCCUCCAGACUGCCGUCUACUCGCCACAAUCAUCUGCACCAUCUGUCUCUCAGUCCUUUAUGUAUUCUCAUCUCUGACUAGCUGGGAGAUGAUUGUGAGUCCAGCAUAUCCUUCACUGCCUCAGACUCCAAGUCUCCCAUAUCUUUAUUUUAGACUGCUCUCCUGACAGCAGAACGUAAACAAGGUUUGGAAAGGAAUGAUGAUUGAUUGUUACACAGAAACUGCUUAAAUACUUUAUAGAUGGAAAACAAUCUCCAUAUAACGAAGGCUUCUCAUUACAUUUGACUUCUCAAUGUGCAGGGAGCACUUGGCAAUCUCCUCUCUAUUACACAACAGUGAAAAACAAUUCAAGAUGAUUUGUGUUUGUCUCUCACCUUGCCAUGGCAUACUCAACAUCUUUAUAUUGUGUCUUCUAUUGUCUUUGAAAACGCUAAAUCUGCAGAGGACUGGGCAGCAUCUUUGUGGCUGUGACCAUUUUCACUUACUGUCGAGCUGUCAUGUUAAUGUGAACUGUGUAUUUUGUACUAUUACUACUGAAUGUCAUGUACUAAUAUUAGAUGCAUAGUCUUACUAUGCUGGAUUUUGCUAAUGUCAUUUCAUUAAAAGUGACACCAGCG